CUCUAGACUAACCCAUUGUGUGCAUUGUGCCAAAUGAAUGUGAGUGGGGUGGUUAAAACAGAAAAAUGGCCUUUAGAUCUAGAAGAUCUAGUAGCUUUGCUAGCUGUAUACUGGUAGAGCACAAUUUCAAUCUACUGUGUACACUUGUAACUGGAGGAAAUCUAUCUCCAGUUAAAAAGCUAAUACAGAAAGUGUGCCAGGAGCAAGAAGCUAUCGUCACUCUCGAAACAUUCUCACGAUGCUCUCAUAUGUACAACCAGAGGACGCCAUUAGUGCUAGCUGCUCAGUUUGACCACAUCGAAAUUGUCGAGUACCUCACCGAUGUGAUACCACAGGAGGAAUUUGUGAACAUUGUUGGUUCUGUUUACAACAUUACAAAUACUGGCGAUGAACUACAUCACGUUACAGCUCUAAACGCAGCUUGCAUUAAAGGAUAUUUAUCUAUCGCUAAGUUGUUGGUUGAAAGGAAGGCUUCUUUCUCUAUUCCCGAUUGUACUGGCUCCGUCCCAUUGUGCGAAGCUGUUUUUCAUGGUCAAUACGACAUUGUGAAGUACCUGUGCGAGCAAGGUAAUGAUGUACACGUUUCUAACGACUUUGGGUGGGAGCCACUUCACAUUGCGGCUCUUCGCAAUCACCCAAAAGUGUUCAAAUGUCUUAUCGAGCAAAAUGCUAGUGUAGAUCGUUGUACUCCCGAAGGAUUUACCGCUCUACAUAUUGCUGCACAAAAAGGGCACACACAAAUCAUUGAUCAACUCAUAUUGGCGUCAAAUGUGAAACCAGCCCUAAGCAGCUGGUUUCAUGGCAAAGUGCUUGUUCCUAGUCCUCUGAAUUUAGCUUCUGCUUACAGCUGUGGUAGUUCUCGGAAAAUAAUCGAAACAUUUCUAGAUUUGCCUCAGUGUUCUCCAACACAUAGGUGUGAUGCGUACCUGCUGAUUGGGGUUAGCUGUAUAAUUAAAUCCAAUCAACGAAAAGCCUUCUUUCACUUUCAAGAAGCUAUUAAAAUCAUCGAAGAACACUCGCUAUAUCUCCCUAACACACAAAAUGUUGAUGUUGGCAGAAGAGAAAUUCGCGAUUCAAAUGAGUUAGUAGAAAUGUGCGGCCAACAAAAUCCUCGAUCGGACAUAGAGAUGUGGUAUCAGGCUUUAUUGAUAUGGGAGAGAUGCAUUGGUUUGGGUGACAUGACAUACUUGGAGAUUUUGAGUGAGAUAGCAGAGCUUAGUAUGAGGCACGAACGAGAAGUUUUGUUGCUUACAGGAAUAAGAACAAUUAAUCAGACCCUGCUACCAAAACUAUCGAAUGGAUACAUACUACCAGAAUUUUUUGAAGAACUUUAUGACACAUGGGUAAUCAAUAAUUUCUUCUUCAAGAGUACGAGAUCUGUCCACGAAUCAACGCUAACCUUUUCAAAGUUUUUACCCUACAUGUUGAAAAGUGCGAAAACUAUUUCUUCUCAAUUUACUGCUCUUUCAUCGAAGUAUGGAUGCAAAAGACGAAGCCCACUCAAACUGCUGACAACCAUCAUUAAAGUGUUUGAUUUGUGGCUGAAAUCAAGCCCUUCUACUGGAGUCGAGAGUGCUUGCUUUGAAAUGGGAGUUCAGUUUGUUGAAGAGUUUCUACUGCUCAAUGACGAAAACACAAUACUGCAUUACAUUCUCGAAGAAAAUUUGGUUAGGGAUUUGGCAACGAUGGAGUUUCUGCUUCAAUGUGGUUGUAGCCGCGCACUGAACAUGCGCUGUAAAGGAUUGAUGUGUCUACACGUUGCUUGUGUUUCAUAUAACAUGGACGCAAUAGGUUUGUUGUUGAAUAAUGGAGCUCAUAUCGAUGCAGCUGAUGAACAAGGACGGACGCCAUUGUAUAUUGUUCAAGAACAACAUUCAGAAAAAGUUAGUGAGUUUAUAUCAAGAUUCUGCUCAUCCCCACUGCCUCUUGAGUGUCUGUCAGCCACAGCUGUCCUUAAUUAUGAUCUGUUUUACGAUUUUCUACCCCUAUCUGUUUGUCAAUUUGUUGCUCUUCAUAGUGCUGUGUAAAUAAUACAUUUCCCCUUUCAAUUUUGUGCAGCAUUCAACGUGCUCGGUUUCAAUAAUAAU